AUGAACGGCACAGAGGGCCCCAAUUUUUAUGUGCCCUUCUCCAACAUCACGGGCGUGGUGCGCAGCCCCUUUGAGCAGCCACAGUACUACCUGGCCGAACCGUGGCAGUUCUCCAUGCUGGCAGCCUACAUGUUCCUGCUCAUCGUGCUGGGCUUCCCCAUCAACUUCCUCACACUCUACGUCACCGUACAGCACAAGAAGCUGCGCACACCGCUCAACUACAUCCUGCUCAACUUGGCCGUGGCUGACCUCUUCAUGGUCUUCGGAGGGUUCACCACCACCCUCUACACCUCACUGCAUGGCUACUUCGUCUUUGGGCCCACGGGCUGCAACCUCGAGGGCUUCUUUGCCACACUUGGAGGUGAAAUCGCCCUGUGGUCCCUGGUGGUCCUGGCCAUUGAGCGCUACGUGGUGGUCUGCAAGCCUAUGAGCAACUUCCGCUUUGGGGAGAAUCAUGCCAUUAUGGGUGUGGCCUUCACCUGGGUCAUGGCAUUGGCCUGUGCUGCUCCCCCACUCGUCGGCUGGUCCAGGUACAUCCCCGAGGGCAUGCAGUGUUCGUGCGGGAUUGACUACUACACACUCAAGCCCGAGGUCAACAACGAGUCCUUCGUCAUCUACAUGUUCGUGGUCCACUUCACCAUCCCUAUGAUUGUCAUCUUCUUCUGCUAUGGGCAGCUGGUCUUCACAGUCAAGGAGGCCGCUGCCCAGCAGCAGGAGUCAGCCACCACUCAGAAGGCCGAGAAAGAAGUCACCCGCAUGGUCAUCAUCAUGGUCAUCUUCUUCCUGAUCUGCUGGCUGCCCUACGCGAGCGUGGCCAUGUACAUCUUCACCCACCAGGGCUCCGACUUCGGCCCCAUCUUCAUGACCCUCCCGGCUUUCUUUGCUAAGAGCUCUUCCAUCUAUAACCCAGUCAUCUACAUCAUGUUGAACAAGCAGUUCCGGAACUGCAUGCUCACUACGCUCUGCUGCGGCAAGAAUCCACUGGGAGACGACGAGGCCUCUGCCACUGCCUCCAAGACGGAGACCAGCCAGGUGGCCCCAGCCUAA